AUGGCGGAUGGGGUUGGCGAGUCGGACGUGCGGGCGCUGAUGGAGCGCCUGCGCUCGGCCUUGGAGCAGUCUGAAUCAAGAACAGCAAACCUCGACGACAAGUGCAGAUCUCUCGCACGCGAUCUAGAGGAGAGGAAAGCAGGGAUACCGGAAGAGGAAGGCAAGGAAGCAAAGCUGCAGCGUGAACUGCAGGACGCGACGAAACAGCUCCACGAGCUGCAAGGCACAACGGCCUCUCUCAAGCGGCAGCUCUCCCUUCUCCAGGACGAGCGCGAUACGCUGAACAUGGAUCUCGGGGAGCUCCUUGGUCCCGUCGCUUCACAGCACAAGGAAGAUGAGGCAAAGCUCCAGCAGCACAUUGCAGACACAGAGGAGUACAUGAUCAAGUUGAGACGCGAGAAUUCGGCAAACGAGGAGCUCAAGGAGAAGAUGCGGAUCACCAUCGCCCAAUAUGAGGAUGACGUGGAGAGCAUGGGCGCGCGUGCAGAAAAGCUCUCCCAGAAGCUUGCCAUGAUCCAGAAUGUUCCCGUGCGGACGCGGAAGCAGUGCAACGUCAUUGAGGCAUCCUUCAAUCUUGUCGAGGACCAGUUGCUGAAGUCUGAUGAGCAGUACAACCAGAUUCGACACGACAUCACAGCAGCAAAAGACGAAGCGGAACGGCUUCGCACGGCGUUGGAGGAGUGUGGUCUUCAACUGUUGCAAGCGGAACACGAGCGCGAAAACAUGAAACGCCGUCAUCAGCACAGCUUGAAGGAGGUUGAACAGUACAAGGAGGCGGCGACGGGCCAGCUUGGCGAUCGCGCGCUCUACGACACAAAGCGACGACUGGUGGAGAAGGAACUCAAGUCAUGCCAGGACCUCCUGACGCGAAAACUUCGCGAGAAGGAGAAACUGCAGAAGCACCUCAGGCAAUCAGAGACGAAAGAGGAGCAACUCGGUGGACUGUGCACACAAUUGACAAACAUGAAGGCCAAGGUGCACGCGGAGAUUGAAGCGGAGCAGAAGCGCGCCAUUGAGAUUGGCGAAUCAACCGAUAAGCAGGCGGUGGACAACGCGAGCAACGACCGCAUCAAGGCAGAGCGCAUGCGUGCGCAGGCAGAGGCGAAGCGUGAUCGGGCGCGGGUGAUUGCGGAGCGAGACGAUUUGAUCAAGACGCUCAAUGCGCGCUCGCACGAGCUGAGCACGCACUAUGAGAUGCAGCACAUGCAGUCGUCCAUGCUGAAGGACAUUGAGGUCGCCAUUCAAGCGAGCGAGGAGAACUUGAGAUUCCUUCGAUUGGAAUCCAAGCAGCUUGUGGGCCACAUUGCUGCGCUGAAGAAGAAACAAGACUCCAAGCAAACUCUCGAGGAAGAGCUCGUCUCGAAUCAGGAGGCGCUGGCUGAGGUGCAGCGGAAGGUCGAGGCGCUGGAGAAGAAGCUGACGAGUCCGGCGGUGGCGUCGCGAUGGCGAGAAAUGCAGGACAAAGAGGAAGACCCGCACCAACUCGAGAUGAAACUCCACUCCCUCUCCGACCGGCUGGCGGAGCGAGAGGAGCGUUCGCUCGAACUUGAUCUUCUGGCGGAGGAAACAGACCGCCUCUGUCAGCGCGCUGAAGUGCGACUUGAGGGCAGAAAAAGCGAGCACCUCCGCCCCAACGCGUAUGUGCCGGACGCUGAGGGGAGCCUUCCUGUGCCAAAGCCAUUCGGGCCCCACGCGCCGUUCAAGCCAUCAGCACCGCCAGCACACAUGCGCCACUUCCGUCGCAGCGUGCAGACGUCCCAGUCAAAAACAACAACGCCGCAGUCAACACUCGCGCUCUAACGCGGGCAUAACUCACGUCUGGCAUGUGUUACGAACGUGGUUGGAUUGUGUGUGUGGGGGGGGGGGGUUGCAGGUAACGGGAAACGUUUGGGGGAUUGGAUGAUGACCACCACCCGGACACAACGUAGGUGGACCCGAGAAAAUGAUGGAAGGACACGGGGGCAAUGAUACGCAUGCGCAGCCACAGCUCGUUGAUGCGACGCAGGUGCACAUGUACCCAGUGCAAUCCGUGACGAUGACAUGCAGCACCAUGUCACGUUGGUGGUGGAGGUGCUGGUGGCUGACAUGUGCACUGGUGUUGUGAUGUGUUCGAUCACGCCACGGUCUUGUUGACGUCCUUGAGGAUCUCCAUCGCAGCAGCGGGGAUGCGUGUGCCUGUCAAUAAUCAGUUGUAAGAGUGGCCGUGUGUCGUAGUGUGAGGUGAAGUGUGAGUGUGCAUUGGGCCGUGUACAUGAUUGAGGAUUGCUUGCUGGUCGAGCACAUGUGUCCUGUUCCUCAUGUUUUGUUCUCUGUUGUUGCUGUACACAUCUCCCAAUACAACUUAGACAACACC